ACACCUGAGUAGUUUUGGACCGGUUUACUGCAAAAUAGGGUGGUCAACAUUCAGGACUGGAAGAAAGAACUAUGCAAAUACUAUACAGAUAUUGCAUACCCAAAGUAGCAAUUACGUUGGGGUUAUUAGCGGGUGAAAUAGAAGAAAUAACGAAUACCUGUGCGAAAGAAGAACUGAUGGAUUCAUUAAGCUUAUAUCUGUCAGAAACAAACAGGCUAUAAAUAUUUAAUUUUAUAAAAAAUAACAAAAAAUAAUUCCUUUUUAAAAAACACACAACUUUCCAAAAUUCGAUGAGUCCAAAAAAAAAAAAAAAAAAGUAACAAGAGUUCAAGUACAUAGAAUAAAGCACUAAGAUGAUAUCGGCAAAAAUAUUCGAUAUAGUACAUCGAGACCAUAGGCGACGACGACGCCAUAAUUCGACAAACAACAACAACAACAAUAAUUUUACUUAAUUUAAGGUUAUUAAAGGCGUAUAAGUAACUACUUUAAACCAAGAAUAUUUUUUUCUGUGAAUGAACAAACCUAUUUGCCCAGGGUAGAUAUUAUUUUUAAAUUGCAUACUGAAUACUGAGAUAUGUGUCCGGACUUGCAUUAUUUCGGAUAAAUACUAGAAACUUGAUUAAAGAAGAUUUGAGUAAUAUAAACAACUGUGAUAAGGUUGUGAGGCCACUGCAACAUGCCAUCACCUGCGAUGUAUGUGACCGUUGGCAGCAUCGAGUCUGCGAUACAGGUGUUGCAGAAACUGAUAGAAAUAAUGGAAGAGGCGCCGAAAGUCGAAGGUUUUGUGAUGGAUUUUGAAGCAGGUCUAUGGCAGGCCCUCCGCUCCGUUUUCCCGGGUACCCAGCUGAAGGGAUGCGCAUUUCAUUGGUGCCAGGCUGUUCUGCGCCACGUCCAGCACCUGGGGCUAAAGGCAACUUAUGAGCGGAGAGAGGGAGCCCACCAGCUCAUCAGGAAGCUGUUAGCCCUUCCAUUUCUUCCGGGACAACACAUAGAGCGCGCCUUCAUUAAGCUUAAAGACCGGGCAGAGGGGAGUUCGGACCAGAUGAAGGAACUCUUCACGUACGUUGAAGAUCAGUGGAUGGAGAGCUCCCUCUGGAGCACCACUGAGUGGUCUGUGUACCGACAGACGAUACGAACCAACAAUGACACCGAAGGAUGGCAUCGCCGGUUGAACUUUUCUGCCGGUCGGUCAACCCUGCAGUUUUACGUUUUGCUGAGUUUGCUGCUGAGGGAAUCCAAAAUGGUGAAUGUAACACAUCAACUGGUGUCGGAGGCAGCCCUUGGCCGUCAGCGUCGAGAGCGCUACAGAGACAUCGACGCCAGGAUCAUGGAUGAGUGGGACUCAUACGAUUCCCAUGAGGUCACCUGCGAAGAGUUCCUCAAAAAUGUUGGUGCCAUCUACGGCGGCCGAUAGGUGUCAAGACUGAUGUUAGACAAUG